AUGUCUAUAUUAUCACAAAUUGUCGAUUUUUUAGGACCCAUUCAAUUGAUAAUUAUAACAACAAUUGUUUCAGUGCUAACCUAUCAUUAUUUCAAAUGGAAACGCCUACUAAGCUACUGGUCCUCGCGUAAUAUUGACGGUCCAAAACCGUUACCGAUUUUCGGUAAUUUUUUGGCCAAAUUUUUCAUACCUAAACCCCAACUGGAAUUGCAAUGGUAUCGACAGUUUGGACGACUAUACGGGACAUACACUGGCGAUAAACCUGACCUAACCGUUGCCCGACCGGAGCUUAUCAAACAAAUACUGGUCAAAGAUUUUCACCGAUUUCGCAAUCGCCGAGAACAGGGAUCGGGCUCUAGAUCAUCAUCGGCUACCGAUCCGCUAUCGAAAAACAUGUUCAACACGAGGGACGACACCUGGAAACGUAUCCGUGCGAUAGCAUCGCCAACGUUUACAUCGGGAAAACUACGCAAACUGUAUACAUUGAUUGGCCAGUGUUGCGAUGAAUUUGACCGGCAUUUAGAUGGUAUGGUCAACCACGGACGGGACAGUAGUAGUCGUAUUGAAUUGAAAAAACUAAUGGGCCAAUUGACUAUGGAUGUUAUAGCCCGGUGCGCAUUCGCUACCAAACCCAAUACAUAUACCGAUGAUGAUCCCGAUAGCGAUCAGUUUACCCGAUCGGCAAACAGUAUAUUCGCGAUACCCGUCUGGCGAUUAAUAUUGUCAGCCGUAUUGCCUACUUGGGUACGUCGGCUACGGCUAGUUAGGCGUAUACUUCGCGGACCGGAUGUCGACUUUUUUGUCCAUUUAGGCCGCAAACUGAUGGCCCAUCGGCGACAAACUCUGGCCAAACAUAACGAUUUUUUGCAGCUACUAAUGGAUGCCGAAUACACUGGUGUCGGUAGUGAUGGUAGUGUCGAGCAUCGGGAGUCUAGCGACCAGCAGCACGAAGCACAUUACCUUAAUGAAGGCCAUACGGAUCAAGUACUGGCCAAUCGGGAAGCCAUCGGCAAUGUAUUGUCGGCCACCAAACGGCUGACUGAGGACGAAAUACUUGGCCAGUGUUUCAUAUUUUUCAUUGCCGGCUACGAAACAACUGCCACAACACUAGCCUUCUGUACGUAUGAGUUGGCAUUGAAUCCCCGACUACAGGACAGGCUGUACGAUGAGGUUAACGGUGCAGCCGUUCAGCAAAACGGUAAUAUAGACUACGAACUACUAUCUAGUCUACCGUUUCUCGAUUCGCUAAUAUCGGAAACACUGAGGAAAUAUCCGCCAGUGUUGAGACUGGAACGGGAGGCUAUGGAUGAUAUACAACUGGGCGGCGACGAUACAACUGGUAGUAUUCAUGUGGAAAAGGGAACCGUAUGCGAGAUACCGGUCUAUGCUAUACAUCACGAUCCUCAGUACUAUCCCGAACCCGACCGAUUCAAUCCCGACCGGUUUAUGCCCGACAAUCGUCACCAAAUCAAACCCUAUACAUACCUGCCAUUUGGUUCGGGUCCCAGAAAUUGUAUUGGUAUGCGAUUUGCAUUGUUAGAGUCGAAGCUAGCAUUGGCUAAACUGUCCCGACGCUACCGAUUUAGACGACUACCCGAAACCGAUGUCCCAGUUGUCUACAAUAAAGGCCGCGACCUAUUGCAAGCCCGUCGGCUAGUGGUUGGCAUUGAAAAACGGGACGAGAAUUGA